AUGAAGGUCUUGUCAACUUUUGUAUUGUCGGCCGUUUUGGCCAUGGCCGUCCGUGCUCAGACGUCCGAUUCCAGCACCACGAGCCCUGUCACUUUGGACUCAUCAAUUAUGACAUUGGGCUCAACCUUGACGAUACCGACGUCUAGCACGAUGACUGCAAUGCGGACGAGUUCUUCCACUAGUAAUUUUAUGAGCUCCUUAACCGUUGACUCGUCCUCAUCGUCGGGGUCGUAUCACAUGACACCCGUGCAUGUAGUGCAAGCCCGUGUGCAAAGUGAUAUGCCCGUAUGGAACGACAAACUCGAACGGUUUGUGUCGUCGCACUAUGACAAACCCGAUGAGGCGUACGUGGCUCUUAUGGAUACAGUGAAUACAGCAUCAGUUGAGGGGGCACUCAUGUACGUACAGGCAGAAGGUAUCAACUACGCUACACGUUCGACUGAAGAUCGAUGUGCACGUAAGAACGAGAUGGCCUACAUUGUCUUUUAUGAGUUUGCCAUUGCUCAGACAAACGAAACGUUGGCAUUGUAUCAGGACGUAGCAAGUCAGAAUGAAUAUGGUAAUAUGCUCGCUCUCGAUUCGGGGCGUUGUACACCCGAUUCAACCACGUCUUCUGGCGGUGAAGUGUUCCCUGUAGCUUGCUACUACUUUAAUGGUGACGAAGGCGAGCCGAACGUCGGUCCAUUUGUCGGUGGCACGACAAAGGAGACGGAUCCGCGUGCCCCGUAUCCGAACAAUGUCUGGUACUCGUUUCCUAAUACGUGUCCGCUCAAGGAAUGGAGUGACAAGACAUCCGACUGUCGUGCCAGUACCCGAAAAGGGCUGUGUGAUAUUGGCGUCAUGCCGGAUGGGAUCAGCUGUACGUAUGCGUACCGCGUGCUUGGCUUCCUCCCGAUAGACGACUUGGUAGGUAUCACGUCCAUACCGAGCAAUACAACGGGUAAGACAUAUGCAAACUUCUCGCAGUUUUGCGAAGAUGGUGGCGUGGAAUUUGAAGCUUUAGAGACUGGUGAGUGGAAAGAAAGCAUUCCAUUCUGGGAGAAUCCGCAGGACGAAGAGGCCAAUGCGGAACGUGCUAUGAAGCUUGUCGAGGCUUACUAUAACCUCACGAACGGACUCAUUGAGACAUCGGGUCUGGACUCGAGCAUCAUCGAGCACAUGCUACCUCUGCCCACUCCUGAGGAACUUGCGGCUGAGAACCCGCCGUGCUACCUUAACGUCCUAAAGUGCAAUACGGAAGCUGGCUGCAAGCGCGAGCUGUUCGGCUCGACGUGCACGGUCUGCAGCUCGGAGACAGAAGGAUGUGAGGCUCCUCCCAGCGACUGGAAAUUCCCCACUCUGGAGAAGGCUGUGGGUGAGAACGGCGGCACUGGAGAUGCCUCGGCUGAUAGCUCGUCGAAGCAAGACUCGACCGCGUCGGAUAAGGGGGAAAAGAACUCGAGCGCUGCCAUGAACGACAUGUCGGCUGUGCUCAUAUCUUCAGUGCUGGCUCUGGCAACGGCCCUUUUCUUCUAG